AUGGCCUACGUAGCAGGGUCGGCAAGUCAUUUCAACGUCCCUCCAACGAAUACACACCUAGCAACUGAACCCCGAACUCACCAGGUAUCACGGACCGAAUCAUCUCGACGCAAAAGCAAUUCAAAACACACAGCUGUCCAUGUGUCUACGUCCGCCAUGGCUAGCGUAGUGCAGCGUCUCGGAUAUUUAUUUUACGCAGUGAAUCCCAAAGCGACUUUUUUCAAACACCCGGAGGAAAUUCCACGAUAUGAAGAUGAGGCUCUCCCCGUCAUCGUAGCAUUGGUCGGGCUGGAGAUUGCGUUCAAAGUCUGCAUGGGGAAGCAGAUACGAUCGAACGAGGUCCUCACAUCGCUAGCUAUCGGUUUACUGCACGAAACUACCGUAUUCAUCUCCGAGGGCGCCAUCUUGUUGGGGUACGAGUGGCUGUACCAAUUCCGCGUGCUGGACCUCCCGUGGGACUCGCUGUACACGUGGUGGGCCUCCUUCUUCUUCGUUGACUUCUGCUACUACUGGGUCCAUCGGGCGAACCACGAGGUCAAUCUCCUCUGGGCGGCCCACCAAGUGCACCAUUCCUCCGAGGACUACAUCCUCCCCACUGCAGUCCGCGUGUCAGUCUUCCAGCGCAUGACCUACUUCGGGUUCUACCACCCCCUCGCCCUCCUGGGGAUCCCCGUCUCCUCCGUCAUGGUCCACCUUGCCUUCAACUUCCUCUUCCAGUUCUGGGUUCACAACGAGGACAUCGGCAAGCUCGGGCCCCUUGAGUGGGUGUUCAACACGCCGUCGCAUCACCGCGUGCAUCACGGAUCCAACAAAUGGUGUCUUGACAAGAACUACGGCAGCAUCUUUAUCAUCUGGGACAGACUCUUCGGCACUUUCCAGGAGGAGAAGGAGGGCGAGGAGAUCGUCUACGGCCUCGUGGAUCAACCUCAGUCCAUGAACGGCGUCUGGCAUGAGAUCUUCUACUUCGAGAAGAUCUACGAGAAGGCGCGGAGCAUGAGCAGCUGGGGCGACUCCCUGAGGGCGGUGUUCUACGGGCCCGGCUGGGUCCCCGGGGCGCCUCGCCUGGGGGACCCCGACGGCUUCCCGGACGUCAAGGCCCCCCGGGUGAAGUACGACCCCCAGAUGCCCACGUGGUUCUUGUGGUAUACUUUGGUUCACAUGACGAUCGGCAUGUUCUUUCAGCAAAUAAUGUUAAUUCACUUGCAGGCUUCUUCGUGGCUCACGGUCGCCCUCUUCAUCGCCUUCAACUUCCUGACGGUGGGCGUCCUGUUCUCCAUGUUCGACGGGUGGCGUUGGGCGCCGCUGCUGGAGUCCGCCCGCUGCGCCGCCUUCCUGCUCUACGCCCGCGCGACGCCCAUCUCCGGCGCCCCGAUGCUGGACGGCGCCCUCGUCCUCUGCUUCGCCAUGAGCGCCGUCUUCUGGACGUCGCAGAGCCUCCUGGUCAUUGGCGCGCCCACGAAAGCCGUUAAAUUUGAAUGA